AUGGAAACUGACAACCGUGAUUUCAUUGUUGUUCCUCGCCCUUCUCCUCACGCUUGUGCUGCCACUAUUGGGAAAUCAGCCAAAGACCUUCCUACCCCGAAAAUUAUCAAGGACCUCAAUAAUUCGUACGUGUUAAAGAAACCUUAUAAGGCGUUAUGGAGAUGUAUCAAUAGCACUUUGUUGAAUACCGUACAACGUUACGGGAAAGCCUGCGGCUUGUCAAUAAGCAGUGAAUUAAUAUCAUCUAGAAUUCUCAAAAAGAAAUUCUG